CUAAUGAAUAUACGCACAAACGGCGAGAAAUUAUCGUAGCUUAGUUUCAUUUCAGACAAAAAAAAGUUAUUUCAAUGUCUCAUGGUUUCCCUCUCUUUUGACAUAGUCGGAGGGAAACAAAAACUUCUUCAAAAAUUAAAUUAAAAACAAACUCAAAUUCCUCUCCUUCUCUCACCUUUAACUCUCUGCUGUGUAUCUCUAGGGUUUUACACCCUACUGGUAAUUUACUUCACCGUGGGUCCUUCAAUUCUUUGAUUUCCAGCAUAAAAAAUCAGUGUCAGUUCAACACUUGUGAUCUGCUCAUACUCGAUUUUAACUUACCAGGGUGCUCCAAUCAGAACUGUAUCUCCAAUUUCUGGAUUUUCUGCUGGAGCUGCAUAGGGUGAAAUAGAGUCAAGAUUGCGAUAAUCUUCCUGUGGAAAUGCAAACUAAGAAAAGAAUUUCUGGAAGAAAUGCUCCAAGAGAGCCUGCAAGUCCCAGGAUUUCGAGAGCUCAGAAGAAAUUGAUGGAAAAUUUGCAAGUUGCUGAAAAGAAAGUUUCAGAGUUAAUUACUUCUUCAGCCAGAAAGCAAAAAUGUGGCUCCCUUCCAAAGAAAAAUGAGGAGCCUAUAUCGGCAACAAAUUCGAAUACUAGAUACAACAAUGUGCAUCAAAAGGCUUCCAAUGCUUCCACCCAGUGUGAUGCGGUGGAUCCUAAGGGUUGUGAUGAAGGAUCUGCUCAAUGUGUGUUGCAAACUAUAUUUUCUCCUUCUUUUCACAUAUCUAAAAUUGCUGGAGGAGAAAUUUCUGGUGGAGUCGACUUGAUAAAACUGUUUCGGACUGGAGACUCUCGGGAUGAUAUGCUGGAUGGUCAUGUUACACAUGAAACUUUUAAAUCCUCUUUUGGAGAACACAAUGAGAGCACAUUAACUUCACUCAACACAUGUCAUAGUGACAUGGAAUUGGAGAAAAAUAUAUCAGCCAAAAACUCAUAUGGGGAUCGCUGUGGUGAUCAGGUGCUCUCUACUGAUGUAACUACUGUGAAUUCUUAUAGUAUUGCAGCUUCAAAUGGAGUUGGUCUUGCUUCUGAUGUUUCAACUAUAUAUCUUGCAUUGAAGAACUCCAAACUGGAAUGUGUUGAUGAGCACGGUCAAGAUUCUAUGUCAACUGAUGUUUGCUUGGAGGAGGAUGAUUAUGAGGAUUUUGAUGACUUUGACCCUUAUCUAUUUAUAAAGAACCUGCCAGAGCUGUCAUCAGUAGUCCCCACUUUUCGGCCUAUGUUGCUACCUAAACAGACUCGGAGUUGUCCUCCGACAACCCUUGUUUUGGACCUGGAUGAGACUCUGGUACACUCUGCCCUUGAACCUUGUAAUGAUGCGGACUUCACAUUUCCUGUCAACUUCAACCUCCAGGAGCACACAGUCUUUGUCCGGUGCCGUCCUUACCUCAGAGAUUUCAUGGAGAGAGUUUCUAGUCUUUUUGAGAUCAUAAUAUUUACAGCUAGUCAAAGUAUCUAUGCAGAACAGCUUCUAAAUGUGCUUGAUCCAAAGAGGAGGAUAUUUCGACAUCGUGUUUUCCGUGAAUCCUGUGUUUUUGUCGAGGGUAACUACCUCAAGGAUUUGUCAGUUCUUGGUCGUGAUUUGGCCCGUGUUAUUAUAAUUGACAACUCUCCCCAGGCAUUUGGCUUCCAAGUAGACAAUGGUAUACCAAUUGAGAGCUGGUUUGAAGAUCGUUCAGAUAAAGAAUUGCUCUCACUACUUCCAUUUUUGGAGAGCUUGGUUGGGGUUGAAGAUGUGAGGCCUCUAAUUGCAAAGAAAUACAAUCUUCGGCAGAAAAUUGCUGCAGCUGUUUACCCUCCGUUGAAUUCAAAUAGAGGAGAUCCUUUUGAAAGGUAGCUUCAAAGUGAAUUUGAAGCAUUCGAGAUGGGACGCAUAAACAAUUCCGCCUUGUCUUAUUUAUUACAGAAUUAAAAUGUCAAGAAAACCACAUUCUCUUUUGUUGAGAAUGUCUUGGCAAGACAGUGAGAUUUAAAAAUGAAGUGCGAUCCUAACCAUAAAGCGGGAGGAAAGUGUUUAUGGAUGUAAAUCAUGUGUACGAGUAAGAAACUUUUUCAUAGAAGGAACCUGUAGCAUGACCAGUGCACCAUAGGCAAUACUUGGAAAUAAGAAGCUUCAUGAACAGUUUGUCCACCCA